CCCGUGGUUACAGUACAUUCGCGCAUGCCAGUUUUCAGACGAUAAAUACUACAUGAUCCAAUAGCUCUAGCAUUCCGAUAGUCUUCUUAAAAAGUCACAUACAGGUAAUUCCGUUUUAAACUUUUUACUGAAAUUACUUACUAUUGUAGCAGUUUACUGACCGACAUUUCUUGAAGAAGCUGCGUUUGAUAUUAACCUAGCUAGGACAAUGACCCCAAACUUACCUGGGCUGUGCAAGGGCUAGACCUGACCUAGACCCAAUCCAGAUGGUUUGCAUGAAAUGGACUGCAGAGUGAAGGCAAAAGGGCCAACAAGUGCUCAGCAUCUCUGGGAACUCCUUCAAGACUGUUGGAAAACCAUUUCAGGUCUGACUAUGGGGAAGUCUUUUUCCCACCUCACGAAGCAGUCAGGCCAUGAUGAAGCUCAAGACAACCUGACAUCUCCUCUGGAGGACAACCAGUCUGAGAAUGUCAAGGGUGGUGAUGUCUCUCAGUUUCCUUAUGUGGAGUUCACGGGGCGGGACAGUGUGACAUGUCCUACAUGUCAGGGCACUGGGAGAAUCCCCAGAGGACAGGAAAAUCAACUCGUGGCAUUGAUUCCCUACAGUGACCAAAGACUGCGACCCAGAAGAACAAAGUUGUAUGUCACAGCAUCAGUGGUGGUUUGCCUGUUACUGUCCAGUCUGGCUGUGUUCUUCCUCUUCCCUCGCUCCAUUGAUGUGUCCUAUGUUGGGGUGAAAUCCGUUUUCGUCAGCUAUGACCAGGAAAAGCGCAGCGUGUAUCUCAACAUCACGAACACUCUCAACAUCACCAACAACAACUACUACUCGGUGAAGGUUGCCAACAUCACAGCUCAGGUACAGUUUGCCAAGACGGUGAUUGGUAAAUCUCGCAUCAGUAACAUCACUGCCAUCAGUCCUCUGGACAUGAAACAGAUUGAUUAUAUGGUCCCUACCAUCAUCGCAGAUGAGAUGAGCUACAUGUACGAUUACUGCACUCUGCAAACCAUCAAGGUCCACAACAUUGUCAUCAUGAUGCAAGUGACUGUCACCACGGCAUACUUUGGUCAUGUGGAGCAGGUGUCUCAGGAGAUGUACCAGUACGUGGACUGUGGAGGAAACACUACAUCCAUUAGAAGCAUGAGCCAGCCGUUCGGCAUCCCGCAGCUUGCUGUGUAACCACACCACUGUCCUCUGCACUGGAUCCCUCUCAGGCCCUGAAAUGUAGCCUUGAUCGUUCACUGUGUUUUCCUCAGCUGCAGUAUCUAACAAAUUAUUGUUGUCACGAUAUUAUGAUGUUAACUUCAAUCCUAAAUUGAAAGCACACUUUGACAGCACUAGAUGCGACACAUCGCAUGUGUCUGUCUGUUCUGUACAAAAUCCAAACUAAGAUAAGAUAAUGAUGUUUCUCAUGCAGCAACGGAGAAACAAAUAGAAGUGUUUUCUUGCAAUUCUGACUUUUCACGGCACUAUUUUAAGAUGUAAUUUAAACUAUGCGUCAUUACAUCUCCUAAUUAAUAGAGCCUUACUUCGUAAUUUCAAGACAACUAAUAAUUUUGACAUGUGGAUUUUAUACAUAAUGUUUUUUCUUUUUUCUGUUUGACGAGUGUUAUGUGCACCUAUACAUACUCGCCCAAACUACUCAAGUGCCCCAAAGCGUUGAGUUUUAACAUCUAGCCCUACCUUCAGUGUAAGAAAGAGUGAUCCUAACUUUAAUUGUCCAUGCAGGCCCACUUACUUUCUCUUAUCACUUCAGCUCCCCUCUUCUAUGGCGUCUCUCUUUCUCAGUUACAUAAUAAAACUUUCUUGGACAGUCCUGAGAUAAUAACACAUUUUGUUCCUGAUAAUGCUUAAUUUAUCAGAAUAGGCCUCUAACUUAAUAGUUAUUCUCUAGUAAUGGUCUUUAAAAAGCAAAUUAGUAGCAUGAUAUCUCAAAAUUUAAGCCAAGUUGUCAUGAUUGGCAUAAUCACUUCUUUUUUCAAAUGAUAAAAUGAUCAUUUCUGUCAUUUAGUACUGGACUGGGUUUUUAUGCAGCAGCGGUAAAGUACUAUGACAUCAGAUAUCAUAACAUCACUGACAUUAUUAAACUGCAUUCUUGUAGUUUGUUCUGUUUGAAUACACCAUCUAUGAUAUCUGAUUUACGAGUUGUACAAUGCAAGUCAGAAGAAUGAGCAAAAAUACCCCUAAUAACUGUAGAUUUGAAUACAUGAUUAUUCUUUAAACCACAAUGCAAAUUGUCUAUUUAUGUUUAUUUAUAGUUUCAUAUUCUCCAGGAAGAAGUUCUAUUUCUUCACCACAGUGUAUUGCACUGUAAGAAGAAGAAAGUAGUGUUGUAUGAUAAGAAUAUUCCUUGUGUGCUCUAUAUGAUUCUGAGAUAAGUUCACAUUGUUAGGUUCGCUUAUCUAGUAUUUGGUUGUUGGAUGCUCAGUAUAUUUUUAUUCCAUUAUUUGAUCGAUGUCAUUUAUCCCUGUCACUUUGUAAUUAACUAAUUAACUGCAAUUAACUUUCCUUUUCAUUCAGGUUAUGAAAAUUAUGAGUGUGCUAUUUACUGUAUAUUUAGUGACUCAGUUUCUAAGACACAUUUGGGAAAUCCACUUUUUUGUCUUUUUACCCAGAUCAAACACUGAUGAUUUAUCUGCUGUUUGCUAUUUAUAGAGUUAUGACUCAGGCACAACAGCAUUUAAUACUUCAAAAGUGUGAAGCAGAAUCAUUUCUUGCAUUGUAGUCAACUUUGGUGAACUUUGGUGAACUUAUUUCUGACUAUGUCGCUAGACACUACCAAUUAACUUUAAGAAGGCUGUGAAAUGUGGAACCAGGGAGUCCAAAUCAGACGAACCAGAGAAGUAGUUGAGUGUUUUGCUGUGAAAUCUUGGGUCUUGUCAUAGAUGUGGAUGUCACUUUGGCACGACCCACCCCGUUUGUUGCUGUAUACCCCUUCAUGACCCAGACAGCUGCACCCUCCAUCAGCACAACAUUGCACCCUAACAUAUUGCAAGAAUUGCUCAGGAAUGUUCAAGGAACAUAAUAAAGUGCCAAGACAUUGACCUAGCCUCCAAACUCCCCAGAUCUCAGUCUGAUCAAACAUCCAAGGGGUGUACUGGAACAAGAACGGUCUAUGGUGGUUCCACCCACAGAAAUGUCUGCUAUUAACGGCACUCUGGCAGACAUCACAGGACACCCUUAGAGGUCUGGUGUUCAUGGUUUGACAGAUCACAGUUGUUUUGUUGGCACAAAAGGAAUCUACACAAUAUUAGGCUAGAUUUCUCAGUGUUGUGACUGAGGUGGCAAUGUAAAUGCUGCAUAGGGUGUAGAAAUUCAAUAUGAAAGCACAACUAGCUGACAGCAAAUGCAAUAUAAUGAGACAGGGCGGAAGGACUUUAAUACUGGAGGGGAGGGGGGCUAACAGUUUCCAUAUACUUCCAGUAUUUGUACAAACACAGAGCAUCUCUGUGCUGGCCUCAGAGAUUAUGCUGAUACUAAGAGCCUCAUCUAUAAUUCUGAAACAAAAUGGAAAACAAGCAUAUUUAAUUCCAUGCUGGACAGAAGUGAGACUGUAACUUCCAAGUCUAUCCUGCUGAUACAGCCUAUGAUUUUACGAAUACACAUGUUACGAAUAUGAUGUUACAUGUCAGGUUGAAAAUUGUGCACAUUAGUCAUUACCACUUUCUUAUCUAUGUUAGUUUCUUCCAAGAAAUAGUUUUCCUAUUUUUCUAAUGUGUAUAAAAGUAUGACUACUAUGAAGUAAUACUAUGUCUAACCUUUCUCCUAAUUUAUUUCUUUGGUGAUAUUCUAAAGGGGUGUCUAUUUUUUCAUCUUCAAAAGUAAUUUUGAAUUUGAAAAACAUCUCAUGUAUUUCCAGUUUGGCAUGAUUUCUGUUAACAUAGAACUAAAAUAUAUUUUUCCAUCAUAUAAAUACCUUAGAAUUAUGUACAAGGUCUUGAGCAAGCCUCGAUAGAAUGGGCAGAGAGAUUGGAGCUGUAUCAUCUGUACUGAGUAAGAACUAAGGAAAAGCACUGUUACUUUCGUUUAUAACCCUACCAACUGGCAGUUAUUGUUUGUUGGUUAGCAGUCGGACAUUUAACUUUUCAAUGCUUUUUUAGAGCCCUGCUUGUGUCUUUCCCCUCAUCUUACCUCUUUUGUCGCUCUCAACAUUUUGUUGGUCUUUAUUUCUACUGACAUAGUGAUUGUUGUGGGAGCAUGAAUAAAGUUUUAAAACCUGAACAUCUAA